GACCAUCCAACGGCCCAAGCGAACCAAGCAAUACUUCUUCCACGUGGAUCGUGGUAGGCAGCAGCACCGUCGGUCGUCGGUCGGACCCUCGAGGAGCAACCCCGCCGCCGUCCGCCGUCCGCCCCUCGCCGGGCGACCCCGCCGCCGUCCGCCUCUCGCCGAGCAACCCCGCCGCCGUACUCCCUCUCGCCGACCGAGCCCGCCGCCGUCCGCCUCUCGCCGAGCGACCCCGCCGCCGUCCCUUCCUCGCGGAGCGACCCCGCCGCCGCCCGUCCGUCCCCAGCAAGGCGUCGCCCUCUCUCACCUCGACGCGCCUCUCAAAGUUCGGAGCCGCCUCCCACUCUGCCUCCCCCUCCCCGCCUCCAGUGCCGACGGGUGAAGUCGGCUGAUAUGAUGCACCUCAUUUGGAUAACAAUUUGACUGGCACCAUAAGUUACAGAAAUAUACAGGAGGGUCUAGGGCAAAGGAUGCAUGUACCUCAUGGUAUCAAUCUGUGUUUCGCAACUUCUUCCGUGCCCUUUCAGGUGGAAUCUUCCAUUGAGCUGGGUACCAGAGAAGUCAACCCCCCUGUGACAUCUGAAAAGUUAUCUGCUAACUCACAAGCUGUUAAUAAUGCUGGAGCAGUUGAAGGUACUGACACAAAUGGAAAAUUGGUUCAAAAACCUAAGAGGAAAAAACAUAGGCCAAAGGUCAUUAAAGAAGGACAAUCAGCAAAGUUGCAGAAGCCUAAAACUCCAAAGCCUCCCAAGGAAAAUGGGAAUCAGCCUAGUGGAAAGAGAAAUUAUGUCAGGAGGAAGGGACUUAGCACACCAGCCGAACAAAUUCCAUCAGGAGGUGCUGAUACACACACUAGAGCUAAACCAGGAGUAGCCCAAAGAUGUUUGGACUUUGAUGUGAAGGACCAGCAUGGACAUUUGGAUCUGGUAUUGCAAACACAGGAAACGGAGAUACAUACUUGUCCUGGGGACACACAGCCAUCAUUAUCUGGAGUUGAAAGAAGUAAUGUCAAUGUAUCAUGCCAGUGGGGUGGUACAAGAAGUUCUAUUAGUUCAGUUGACCCAAUAGUUGAUAUACAAGAAUUACAGGCAGAAUGCAUUCCUAAAAUAGUCAAUUUUGAUCUGAACAAUUCUAUAGCAAGUCAGAUGCCAACCAAUUAUUCUAGUCUAAUGGACAGCUCUGGACAAUUUGGUUUAAGAGAAAAAAUUCAAACAAAUGAGUUACUGGAUUCUAAUUCUAGUCUGCCAGUUAGAUGUGUCUCUCAUCUCACCAGCUCGGUAGAUCAUAUGCGACACCCAUCAGCCAAUUCUGACCAAUACAUAAGCACAUCUCAAGAUUGUACAGAAAAAUCACCAAAACAUUAUCAGAUGCUUAAUAGUUAUAGAAUUCCAGAAAAUAUGACAGCAGCUUCUCAGUAUACUGAAAGGGUGUCAGUGGGGGGCAAUUUCAAUCCUGAAGCUUGUAUAGCCGAAGGCGCAAUAAUCAAACAAAUGGCCCAAUGCUAUAGACUUCCAGAAAUUCCAUUUGUACCUCCCAAGAAUAAUGAAAGGGAUAUGAUGAAUGGAAAUCUGAAUGAGUUUUCUGUGGAGAAUGAUUACUUGAAGUUUUCUACCAAUAGUAACUACCAAACUGGAGCAGAUUUUUGUUUUCAUGAUUUUCCAGGAUAUUCAGAUGUUCAUGCAAUGGGUAAAAAAAGAGAACACAAUGCUAUCAGUGGUCAUCAGAUUUCUUUUGGCGUCGACUUUAUUAACUCAAAUAGAACAAGGAAGUUCUAUAGUGAUGACCCCCUUUCGACUAGCUCUCAAACAUCUUAUUAUCCUGAAGCAUGCAAAAGGAUGAGACCAGAGGAUCAUACCAAUAACCUCAGCAGAACUACGGGAAUGCUUUCUUCCUCAUCAGCAUUUUCUGAUGGUUCGAUCACAAAGAAAGUUUCAGCUAUGAACCCUGGAAUUGGUACCUUGGCUGACAUACAAAGGUUGAUGGCCCUUGAGAAAUCACAAGCUUCACAACAAAUGAUUAACUUUGUUACGUCACAAAACAAUAUGAUCCAUGAACGUACUGGACUUGCUCUGCAAAAUAUUGCUGACGAAGGAUUGAUUGCUUUACCUAAUAAACAGUUCCGAAGCUUCACUGCGCAGAACGUACCAUUGCCUGGCAGUACUGUGAACCAAUUGGGAGAAAGUAAUAUCCUGAGGAACGGAGUGCAUCAAAUUCAACCUUGGGAAAUUACAUCUAGGCCACAUCACUCUAGCGACAAUUUUGCUUUACCAAAUAAAUGGUCUGGAUACUUAACAACAGGGAACACACAGUUAUCGAGUGGCACAGUGAAUCCAUCCACAGACAACUAUAUUCAGAGUAAUGGUAUUCAUCAACAUCAAUGCUUAGAAAACGUUGUGGCUAAGGUGCCAGUCUUGUCUGAAACACAGAAUACUUCCAGUCAAGAGGGCCAUAACCACUGCACUGCUGCUACUACUGAUGUGCAUAUCAGAAUUACAAGUGAUGAAGUUGUUAGAUCCCUUACCCAACGAGCAAGCCAACCAACCACAAAUGGGAACUACAAUCUUAACUCUUCUAGAGUAAAUGCAGAAGCAAACUUCACUGAGAAGCCAAGAAAAAGGGGCCGCCCAAGAAAAGUAGUAAACUCCAAUGGUAUUACUUAUGCUUCUGAACCUUCCACUCGAAUUACUCCUAGAAUGUCAACUGUGGAGUCAAAGAGUUCUGACCAAGAUAAGGAGAUUCAUGGAGGUGUCAUUCCUCAUAGUAGUGAUCCUUUAGAUGGCAUAAUUCAAAAGAUUAAGCUCUUAAGCAUAAACGGACCAGACAAGGUUGUGGCAGAGGUACCCAAAAAUGCUCUUGUUCCUUAUCAAGGUGAAUUUGGUGCACUGGUUGCAUUUAAGGGGAAGACAAAGAAAAGCCGUUCUCGGGCCAAAGUGAACAUCGAUCCGGUCACCACUAUGAUGUGGAACUUAUUAAUGGGGCCAGAUAUGGGUGAUGGUGCUGAAGGGUUGGACAAGGAUAAAGAGAAGUGGCUUGACGAAGAAAGAAGAGUGUUCAGAGGACGGGUUGAUUCAUUCAUUGCUCGUAUGCAUCUAGUUCAGGGGGACAGGCGUUUCUCUCGAUGGAAAGGAUCAGUUGUGGACUCAGUUGUGGGUGUAUUUCUUACCCAGAAUGUUUCAGAUCAUCUUUCUAGUUCUGCUUUCAUGGGGGUUGCUGCCAAAUUUCCUGCUAAGACAGAGGUCCCUGAAAAACCUGUGGCUGAGAUGUGUCAUACCCCUGAACAGAAGCAUAGUUGUUCUGGACUGUUUGGUGAUUCUAUCAAAUUGCAGGGCAAGAUAUCCAUUGAAGAGAUAAGUGACGUUAGAUCAUUAAUUACUACAGAAGAUAAUGAAGAAAGUAAUAGUAACGAAUUGAUCGGAAGCUCUGCCGGGUAUGGAGUAAACCGUGCAACUGGAGGAUGCCAUGUCUCUUAUAGGAAAUCACUAACUGGAUCCCACGGAAAUGGGCUAUCAGGACCUGUUUUUCCAUCUACCGGCUUUUCAAGUGUGAUAGAAACUGAAGAUGGAUCAUCGGAGGAUGUUUUUUCUUCUCAAAAUUCUGCUGUUUCUUCCCAGAAUUCCCCAGAUUACCUCUAUCGUAGAAUCGAUCCAAUAGGUUCUAGUUCGUUGCAAAAUUUCACCGAAGAGGGCUGUAUCAUGAGAAAUAUAUCCAGUGGGACUGGCAGCUCAACCGACUACACAGCAUUUCUGCCAAUUCAAGAUCCAAAAGGCAUGCUCGGAUUAUCAGAAUUUUAUGGACUUAAUCCGCUUCCAGUUUCAGAUGUGAACAAGGGAGUGUUGCUUGAUCUAAACAGAUCAUAUCAGCCAUUGCAUACUUCUAUGCCCUAUGUUCAGAAUAGCGAGUCUGAUUUCACAGGUGUGUCAUGUUUCAGCCAUAUGGAUAAAUCAUUCCGCACCGGCCCUGAUAGAGUGAAUCUUUCCAGUGUCACACAAUCUGAGGCUAGUCUUUACCCUACUGAUCCUUUGCAACAAGGCGACUUUGCACCAGUAAUUAAACAAAACUUCCAACCAUUACAUAGUUCAGACAAAGUACCAUUUUUCAAGGAGCACUCGUCCUGUGGAAAUGAUGUUUUGAGGAACAAAACUGAAGCUUCUUUUGUGGAACCACUUGUGUAUUCAAAUCGUCAAGAGGUGUACACUAACUCAACAGAGCAAAUAGGUGCUGAACAAUUUCAAUCAGGAUGUGGCCAACAGGACAAUGAUGCCAGAGUUCAGACAGCAUCACAUGAAAGGCAUCAAUCUUCAACCUUGUGUGAAAACCAGAACUCUCAUUCAGAGGUCUUGCAAGGAGUUGCUUCAGGCUCAACACAGAAUUUCAUUGGUACUCAAAAGGGGCUGUCAGAAGCUCAACAAAAUGGAUCAAAAGCUAAGAAGGUACGGGGCCCACCUAAAAAGAAAACUUAUGACUGGGACAGUUUACGAAAAGAAGUGCUUUCUAAUGGUGGGGAUAAACAAAGAAGUCAUGAUGCAAGGGAUACUGUUGACUGGGAGGCAGUUAGGCAAGCAGAAGUGCGGGAAAUAUCUGAAACUAUCAGAGAGAGAGGAAUGAAUAACAUGCUAGCAGAACGGAUAAAGGAGUUCCUUGACCGAUUGGUGACAGACCAUGGAAGCAUUGAUCUUGAAUGGCUAAGAGAUGUUCAACCGGACAAAGCAAAGGACUUCCUUCUAAGCAUUAGAGGGCUUGGACUCAAAAGUGUUGAGUGCGUUCGCCUCUUGACCCUACAUCAUAUGGCUUUUCCAGUGGACACAAAUGUUGGUCGGAUAUGUGUGAGGCUUGGAUGGGUGCCACUUCAACCACUGCCAGAGUCUCUUCAGUUGCACCUAUUGGAAAUGUAUCCCAUGCUGGAGCAAAUACAGAAGUACCUUUGGCCUAGACUAUGCAAGCUAGAUCAACGUACAUUGUAUGAGCUUCACUACCAAAUGAUUACUUUUGGAAAGGUUUUCUGCACAAAAAGUAAGCCUAAUUGCAAUUCAUGUCCAAUGAGAGUUGAAUGUAAGCACUUUGCUAGUGCAUUCGCAAGUGCUAGGCUUGCUCUUCCUGCACCCGAAGAAAAACGUUUGGCUACAUCGGAAGAUCCAAAUGUUGCAGAGUUUUGUCACCCAAUAUACAUAAAUUCAGGGACCGUUGGCCAACUUGAGUGGACUGCAAAUUAUCCUAAGCAUGCUGUUUCUGAUAACCAUCAGCCAAUCAUUGAGGAACCACUGAGCCCAGAACCUGAACCUGAAAAUGUAGAGGCAAAGGAGGGUGCAAUAGAGGAUUUCUUUUGUGAAGACCCUGAUGAAAUUCCUACCAUUAAUCUUAAUAUUGAGGAGUUUACACAAAACUUGAAGAACUAUAUGCAAGCAAACAAUGUUGAGAUUGAAUAUGCUGAUAUGUCAAAGGCAUUGGUUGCCAUCACUCCUGAUGCUGCUUCCAUUCCAACUCCAAAGCUCAAGAAUGUCAGUCGUCUGAGGACAGAACACCAAGUUUAUGAACUGCCGGAUUCACACCCUCUUCUUGAAGGAUUCGAACAGAGAGAACCAGAUGAUCCCUGUCCAUAUCUUCUUUCCAUAUGGACCCCAGGUGAAACUGCACAAUCAACCGAUGCACCGAAGACAUUCUGUGAUUCAGGGGAGACUGGUAGACUAUGUGGAAGUUCAACAUGCUUUAGUUGCAACAGCAUACGAGAAACGCAGGCUCAGAAAGUCAGAGGAACACUUUUGAUACCAUGCCGAACAGCAAUGAGAGGAAGCUUCCCACUUAAUGGGACAUAUUUUCAAGUUAAUGAGGUAUUUGCUGACCAUUACUCAAGCCAAAAUCCAAUUGAUGUCCCACGAAGUUGGAUAUGGGACCUCCCAAGACGAACUGUUUACUUUGGAACCUCAGUUCCUACAAUAUUUAGAGGUUUAACGACUGAAGAGAUACAACAAUGCUUUUGGAGAGGAUUUGUUUGUGUGAGGGGCUUUGAUAGGACGGUGAGGGCACCAAGGCCCCUUUAUGCAAGGUUGCAUUUUCCUGCCAGCAAGGUUGUUAGAGGCAGAAAGCCUGGAGCAGCAAGAGAGGAAGAAUAAUAGUACAUUGAAGAAAUAUAGAGGAGCUAACCAGAGGGCGGAUAGCCUGAAAUGAGAUGCUGACCCAAUAAGUCGCUGAAUCACCACCAAGUUCUAACCCAAAUGACUUGCAUCUGUAAUGAAUGGCAAUACCUUGAAAACCUAUGAUUGAUAUGUUUUGAGGCGACAUGACCUGUUGUUAAAUUAGAUUCAUCUUUGGUAACAGCCUAGCUGUUCUUGUUGAGUCGCAUAUUCUUUACUCUGAAAUUCAAUAUAGCAAAUGGAAAAAAAAAAUAGUGCAUAGUCUAGCUGUUCUAAUUGUACCAGAGUCGAAUCAAUUGUUGUACAACAGGAAGAUGGACCUAUCUGUACAAUGUUCAUACAUAUUCUUUGAUCAUGGUAUAAACAAUGUAAGUCUCAUCAGGCGCUAUUUGAUUGUUUCAAAACAAAGGAAAAGCCUUUGCAAUUCAUGCUGUUCAUAGACUAUUUUCUUUU